UGUGAUGGUAUUCGGAGCUACUUGUUCGCCCUGCUCAGCGCAGUUCGUCAAGAAUAAAAACGCAGAAGACUUUAAAGAACAGUUUCCAGAGGCUGUAGCGGCGAUCGUAAACAAUCAUUACGUAGAUGAUUUUGUGCAUUGUUUCUCCGGUGAGGAUGAGGCCUUUACGGUGACAAAUCAGGUUGUCCGCAUUCAUAAGCGCGGAGGUUUUGAACUAAAAAGAUUCGUAUCGAACUCGCAACUUAUAAAUAGCUUAAAUGAAGAACAGUUACCAUUACAUUAUUUAAAUCUUGACAGAGAAAAUGCCGAAUUGUUCCAGAAGGUGGCAAGAAAUUUGGCGGGAGCGGAUAGAUUGGGAUGACAGCAUAUCCGACGCGGUGUACAUGAGCUGGAAGAAGUGGCUUCGAAUG